CUGGCCGUGCUGGGGAAAGCAGCCCUCAGCGUCCCCGCUGGUCCAGGCGUAACCCCGCCACAAUGGUAAACCGCCCCGCAGGCUUCUUUUCUCUUGCCAUCACCCUUUGCAUCCUGCUGGGAGAAGGUAUGGGCCGUCCUCCCCUUGAGUCCCACCUAGCCGCAACCAGCAGCAGGCACCCCAGGACGAAGAGGUGUUCCUGCAACAGCUGGCAGGACAAGGAGUGCAUUUACUUCUGUCACCUGGAUAUUAUCUGGGUCAACACCCCAGGACAAACUGCUCCCUAUGGCUUGGGAAGCCCGCCAAGGCGUCGCAAGAGAUCACUGAACAGGUGUGAGUGCUCGCACUCCAAGGACAGCAUCUGUGCUACCUUCUGCCAGGCAAAGCGUUGGUAUCUUGGGAACCUUAAGCUCCCACCGAGCCGUGGCGUAUAGGUAAAGAGUCUCCACAACAGUGACCUGAAGCAUCCAGAAACUGAUCUUCUGAGAGCCUGAUGGGACUUUGUCUCUAAUGCCCAGCUCCCUGGAUGGCAGCACCGCUCCCAGAGGAAAGUUCAACCAGCAGCCUUGCCUGGAAGAAAGACGGAACGGGUAAAAAUCCUGUUUCCUGGAAUAAUUUGAAGUCCUGUGGAUGCCACUGGCUCUUGCCAUGGGUGCCUGAAAGAGAAGAAGGAAAGACCAUGCAGGAAAAGCCUGGGCCAAAUGGAAAAUCAGGAGAGGUAGAAGAAGCAGAGGUGGCAGCAAUCCUGCUGAGCAGUGCUCAGCACUCCAGAGACUGCUGUAAAGGGAAAACAGGAUCUCCUUUUAUGUGGUCAUGGACACGUUGUGAAGGUGUGAUCUAGCCUGUUGGAUCAGGAUGGGGUUUUAUUGGUAAAAUACCAGCAGAUUCCACACUGGAUUCUGACCGUGGUCGGCACUGUCUCUGCAAUCCAUGCACUUAGGCAUAGAAAAAGCCAUGUUCGAUUCUGAACUUGGCAGCACCAAAAAAAUCCUGUAUUGGAGGCCUGGUCUACUGUGCCUUGAACCAUGUUUGAACAGGGUUCCAGCUCAGCUGCUUUGAAACGUGGUUUCGCUGGCCAUUGUGUAGACACAGACUGAUUGGCGCUUUGCCUCCUUGGGCUUGUCAUCUUAGCACUUUGUCUUUGACAGGGCAGUAAAGAGGAAAAUCAGAUGUGCGUUAAAUUGGGAUUCCCAUGUAACAAAUACCAUUGUACUGGUAUAGCUAACCAGGCUCUGGCUUUCUCUUGCAAGCCAUUUGCUUGAGGUCCCUUCUCCAUGAGUGGCUCAAGUGUAGACCGAGAAUAGCCUGUUUAAAUCUGAACCUGUGUUAAAUCCAAGCCCUGCACAUCAGGCUCUGCAGCAAGUGGGUGGGGAAACUUAAGUAGAGCUGCAUUUCCUUUGUCUCAUCUAUUGCUGAUGGAAGUGGUGCAGGUCACGUUAGUUACAUGGGGAGCGGGAACUCAGAGCCAAACUACUAGUCCCAGCAAGUGCGGAGGUGUGAAUGCGUCUCCUGUCCUUAGACAUGUAAUUAGCUCUUAACUUAGCCCUCCCAGCUUGCUGAUAUGCACAGAACACUCCACUAAAGGAGACGCUAGUGGGGAAGUAGCACUUGCUUGCUGCUUCACUUAGUGACAGGCUGAAAGGGACAAAUGAUGCCAUGCCAUGCGUGGCUCAUGGGAAAGGUAGAUCCCCCCCCUAACUUGGAUACAGGGUACAUUAGCCAGGGAGCAGAUGGGUGUCCAAGAUGUGAAGUGAAAGCCCAUUGAGAUGAGAGCACAGUACCUCUCUGCAUUGGGAAGAGCUGUCCUUGCCAGUCAGGCUUCUUUCAAGAGGGAUGGGCUUAGACAAAAACCAGGAUCAUGGCCACGUACAGUCCUGGAGCGCUAUAAUGCCACUGGCCCUCCGGGAGGAAUUCCACUGAAGAACACCGGGUUCAUGCUCUGGAAGAUCCUCUUGCCAGACUGCUGAAAUGUCAAGGGGGCGGCUGGGCUUGUAUCACAAAUGCUCUUCGAUUUUCCCAGCGUAGAACUUCUGUUCCAGAGCCUGGCUGCAAAAUAUUCAUCUAGUUAGUGCAGAUACACCAACACUCCUGAAAUCACUGCUGGAAUCUCAACCCUGGCUGCGUCCUCACUAUUCCACAUGAGCACUUAAAAAGGCUGUUGUUGGACUGAACCAUCUCCUUGUUGUAGUCUAGUCCCAUUGGACAUGAAAACACUUCCUCAGUUUUGUUUUGAGAAAUAGAACAAUGAGACCAGCUAAUCCAUGUAUCCUGUGUAGAACAUUAGAGAGAAAAAUCAUCUGGUGUUUAGAGCUGAAGAGAAAAAGCAUGUGGUGGUUUUUUUGUUUCCCUCCUCUCCCUUCUGAAGGUGUAAGUCAUCCUGACGAGAUUUGAUAAAUUCCUGGUUGAAAGGAAAACUUCGCACACUGUUUAAUGUUUUGAGUUGUGUAAUUUAAACUCAAACUACUGGUCUAAAUUGUUCGGUGUGUCUUUGUGUAAUGUCCCGUCUUGGAAUGGAGUAAUUUAUAGCAUGCACCUGCUGUGUGCAGCAUCCCAACAUUUCAGUAUAUUUAUUUUAACCUAUUUUUAGACAGCAAUUUGCAAAUAUGUAAACAUUAAUUUGUAAUAAAUGAUGCAAAAGGUGA